AUGUCAACCAUUCCCCCAAAGUUUUUUAAAAUUGCAAACAUUUCAAUUGGCUGUUUAGAUACCAUCGCCGCACUUUCGCAAUUGAAGUACCUUUUCACCAAUUUAAGCAUUUUUCUCCUAGCCGUGUAUGGACUAGCACUUACAAUUCCAAUCAUUUAUUUAGAGUUUAAAGUGCCACCAAACCUUUACAGAUAUGCGUCUUUUUAUUUUAGUUUCCUUGGAAGGGGGCUUUCUUAUAUCUUACUAGGUUUAAUAAUCAGCUUCGGCGGUAUUUUCAACAAGUUAGCAGGAAUGUUUACCUUUAUUUUGGGGGUUUCCUUCAUAGUCUUCCAUUUCUCACAAUUUGUGGAAGAACCUGCUAAUUUCAGAGCACCUGGUUCAUCUUUAUCAAUUGGCGAUGAUGACAUUGAUGACGAUGAUGACAUGAUUUAA